AUGAUGGACGUUAACAGCAGCGGCCGCCCGGACCUCUACGGGCACCUCCGCUCUUUCCUCCUGCCAGAGGUGGGACGCGGUCUGCCCGACCUGAGCCCCGACGGCGCCGGCCCGGUCGCGGGCUCCUGGGCGCCGCACCUGCUGCACGGGGUCCCUGAGGUGACGGCCAGCCCCGUGCCCACCUGGGACGCACUCCCGGACAAUGCCUCCGGCUGCGGGGAGCAGAUCAACUACGGCAGAGCCGAGAAAGUUGUGAUCGGCUCCAUCCUGACGCUCAUCACGCUGCUGACGAUCGCCGGCAACUGCCUGGUGGUGAUCUCUGUGUGCUUCGUCAAGAAGCUCCGCCAGCCCUCCAACUACCUGAUCGUGUCCCUGGCGCUCGCCGACCUCUCGGUGGCCGUGGCGGUCAUGCCCUUCGUCAGCGUCACCGACCUCAUCGGGGGCAAGUGGAUCUUUGGCCACUUCUUCUGCAACGUCUUUAUCGCCAUGGAUGUCAUGUGCUGCACGGCCUCGAUCAUGACCCUGUGCGUGAUCAGCAUCGACAGGUACCUUGGGAUCACGAGGCCGCUGACGUACCCUGUGAGACAGAAUGGGAAGUGCAUGGCCAAGAUGAUCCUCUCUGUCUGGCUCCUGUCCGCCUCCAUCACUUUACCACCACUCUUCGGCUGGGCUCAGAACGUAAAUGAUGACAAGGUGUGCUUGAUCAGCCAGGAUUUUGGCUACACGAUCUACUCCACCGCAGUGGCAUUUUAUAUCCCCAUGUCCGUCAUGCUUUUCAUGUACUACCAGAUUUACAAGGCCGCCAGGAAGAGCGCCGCCAAACACAAGUUCCCCGGCUUCCCGCGUCCCGAGGAGCCCGACAGCAUCGUCUCCCUGAACGGCAUGGUGAAGCUCCAGAAGGAGGUGGAGGAGUGUGCAAACCUUUCGAGACUCCUCAAACAUGAACGGAAAAACAUCUCCAUCUUUAAGAGGGAACAGAAAGCAGCCACCACCUUGGGGAUCAUCGUCGGGGCCUUCACUGUGUGCUGGCUGCCAUUUUUCCUCCUCUCGACGGCCAGACCCUUCAUCUGUGGCACCGCGUGCAGUUGCAUCCCGCUGUGGGUGGAGAGGACAUUUCUGUGGCUGGGCUAUGCAAACUCUCUCAUUAACCCCUUUAUAUAUGCCUUCUUCAACCGGGACCUGAGGACCACCUACCGCAGCCUGCUCCAGUGCCAGUACCGGAAUAUCAACCGGAAGCUCUCGGCUGCAGGCAUGCACGAGGCCCUGAAGCUUGCCGAGAGGCCUGAGAGACCUGAGCUUGUGCUACAAAACUCUGACUACUGUAGAAAAAAAAGUCAUGAUUCAUGAUCAAAAGCAGAAUAAUGGAGAUGAAAUAAACAAGGCAAGACAGAGGUGGAGACAGAACGAAAUCAUUUGCUGAGACUUCGGAACGGAAUGAGGCUUCUGUCCUUUCUUGGGAUGGCUAAAAUAUGACCAGCAAAGUAUACCUGGUGUUCAAAGUAUAUUAUGAGGGGGCUGGUGACCUCUGCUUUUUUA